GUCCUGGGGCCACCCUGCCGUCCCCCACCUGCCGUCAGGCGAACUCGGCGGCCAGCCCCGCCGCUCUGUGACGUCACUGGCCCUGGGGUCCUCGACCGCCGCUCCUAUAAAGACCGACGCCGAGCCGCGCUGUUGCUAUGCCUUCAAUUAAAUUGCAGAGUUCUGAUGGAGAGAUAUUUGAAGUUGAUGUUGAAAUUGCCAAACAAUCUGUGACUAUCAAGACCAUGUUAGAAGAUUUGGGAAUGGAUGAUGAAGGCGAUGAUGACCCAGUUCCUCUACCAAAUGUUAAUGCAGCAAUAUUAAAAAAGGUCAUUCAGUGGUGCACCCACCACAAGGAUGACCCUCCUCCUCCUGAGGAUGAUGAGAACAAAGAAAAGCGAACAGAUGAUAUUCCUGUUUGGGACCAAGAAUUCCUCAAAGUUGACCAAGGAACACUAUUUGAACUAAUUCUGGCUGCAAACUAUUUAGACAUCAAAGGUUUGCUUGAUGUUACAUGCAAGACUGUUGCCAAUAUGAUCAAGGGGAAAACCCCUGAAGAGAUUCGCAAGACCUUCAAUAUAAAAAAUGACUUUACUGAAGAAGAGGAAGCCCAGGUACGCAAAGAGAACCAGUGGUGUGAAGAGAAGUGAAAAGUUGUGCCUGACACUGUAACACUGUAAGGAUUGUUCCAAAUACUAGUUGCACUGCUCUGUUUAUAAUUGUUAAUAUUAGGCAAACAGUAGACAAAUGCAGCAGCAAAUCAAUUGUAUUAGCAGAAUAUUGUCUUCAUUGCAUGUGUAGUUGGGGUACAGAUUGCAAACCUAUAGCUGAGUUUCUUCCAGUAUGAUCAAAAUAUCUUUUCUUGUUCUGAAUAAAACUGAAUUGUGGGUUCUCUAUAGAAAGUGGCAUUUUGGGCUUUCCCUCUUUUUGCAAAGCGAUUUCUGCCUAGUUUAUUGUCCAGUUAACUUUAGUGACUUUUCAAAAGUUGGCAUUGUAAAUAAAACAACUUGCAGAAGUUUUCUGAAAUAGAAUUAACAAUGUAUUUCUUUAUUCAUGAGUUGGGAGCUGGAAAAGUCUACUUGAGGUAAAUGUUCUGAGUGGGGUUAUUAGGAUGUCUUUCAGCUUCCUGGAGUCAAGGAGUACCACUGGUAUUGAUUAGCCCAUAUGUAGCAGGGCUUCCUUAAUUGAAUCUGAGGACUUGUUUUUGCAUUUUUAAUCUUAUGUUGGUUAGAGAUUCAGUUACUACUCAGUUUGUGAUUUGGGGGGAAAUAUAACUAUGCAGUUGUUAGCUUUUCAAUUAAAAAAGACAGCCCUUGUGGUAUGUCAUCUUUUUAUAAUCAGUGAUCCCAUAUGGGCAAAACUAUUUACACUACUUGCAUGUAAAAAACAAAAAAAUUUAACCUUUAACAUUAAAAUGUGUGGCAAAACCCAGAAAGCAUCCAGCAUGAAUGCAAGAUACUUUCAAUAAAAAGUAAGUUACAUAGUAGGUAGUAAA